CAGGAGGCUGGACACUAAUUAAACGAUCGUAUCUAGCAUCCAMAAAUCCUAAUCAAGAAAAGAGAACGGACGUAGAUGAUUACCGUGCGAUCUCAAACUACCGUGAUAUUGGGCAAAACAUUCUCACUCCGGCAMUAAAACGGCUGAGAGAGGACAUGGGAUUCAAUCAGAUUCGAUUUAGAUGUCRCAAAAAGAGAUUCAACCGAACUCUUCACAUUAUGACAACCAAUAACASCGCUGGACACAAGGUAUUGGAUCACUUUCUCAASAAAGCAACAUGGCCAACCGCAUGYAACUCGUUUAAGAUGCUAGCAGACGAUACCUCGRAACUUGCACGAAAUUGUCAURAAUGGGGGUAUUUUAAUAAGAYMAAGGAAGUUAAUCGAUGGGGGAGAAAGUCAAAUCCUGGAAAAAUUAGGAUCUACAAUAACGCAAUUGUUUGGGAAAAUAAGUAUUAUUUGACAUUUUAUGCUGGAGGACCUUAUUUGUGCGAUGAUUCUUCAAAAAACAAUAWACUAAGUGCUGGGGACUUUUGGGAACUUUAUGUCCGUUAAUUUGAUAUUUUGUUUAACCUUAACAAAAUUUGAAYAUAGCAAUGUAAUUGUCGAACAAAAGAACAAUGCCCGCUUAACAACAACUGCCUAGCUAUCUACCAGCUAACUACCUCUACGGACAACAACGCUAGAUUAAGUACCASAAAGAACUAGAAUAAAUUUUUAUACAGCGGCAUAGCCGACACACCCUUACACUAUGUACAUCAACACCACAGAACUAUCAAAUGUUAACUGUUAACUUCAAAAUAAAGUCAGGACAAUUAUCUAAAGAGCAAGACCGUAAAAUAACACGACGAAACGAUGCAUGUUGAUGCAUGUUKUCUGUCUUCCUGACAGACAACAUGCGCAAAAUCGGGGAGAUCGGUCAAAACUUAGAUGCGCAYGCGCUAAUAUUUAUGACCAGCACAAUACAACACAAAUUUUCAUAAUCACUUCAAACAUGUCUACACGAUCGCCUCAGAAACAGUGCUAAAAGCCGAAUUUUUGCGACGCUUUUGCAGCAUUGUCAUUUGCCGGAUACCACGACAAGAGAGUACUUUCUCGAGUAUAUGCUGACUUUAAUACUUUCUUCAUCCUUCAAAAUGGAAGAACUAAUUGAUCAUAAAAUGGACUGUCUAMACUGUAAAUUCGUUUGAGCUGUUUCAUAUUGUUCCAAAAAUUCUUAUAAUUUCACACAGUUGGUAUGAUUUGCAAAGCUAAUAUUAUAAACCAACCUUAAUUCACAUUGCUUAUGUGCACCCAG